AUGGCAUAUAUUUUAUUGUAUGAUGAUGUUAUAAUACGCACUGCUUCUUCUGAUGCUCUCCGUCGUUCUAUUAUGACCCUUCUUAACUCGGAAUUUGCUAUGAAGGAUCUUGGUCCCUUGAAUUGUUUGUUUGGUAUUGCAGUGACACGACAUAAGAGUGGUAUGUUCCUUUCACAGCGUAAAUAUGCCGAGGAAAUAAUUGACCGUGCAGGAAUGUCUUCUUGUAAGCCUUCUGCUACACCAGUUGACACCAAGCCCAAGGUCAGUGCUACUUCUGGGGUUCCGUAUGAGGAUCCGUUUCUGUAUCGGAGUUUAGCAGGUGCUCUUCGAUAUCUAACAUUCACUCAACCAGAUAUUUCUUAUGCCGUGCAACAGAAAUAG